AUGCAAAACACAAGGAAAUUGAGAGGCAGCUCUCUCACUACAAGACCCAACUAUAAUAACAAUAAGCUAAGCAAAGGUAACAAAUUCAACAAGGUCAGAGAAACGGCUGCCCAACCAUAUUCCACCUCUGCAAAAAAACCUAAAACACAUGUCGAAAAACAGGAAACUAGUAUGAUUCCAAUCAGCACUGGCAACAUAUUAACAGAAAUAACAGAAACUACUUCUCCACAAGAACUAAAUGAUAGAGAAAACAUGAUGAUCAAACCUAUCAAAGCACCAAUCAGGAAAGUGAUAAGAAAUCCACAAGAGCAGAUGAAUUUGAUACCAACAUGGAUAGUGACUCAGAACUGGACAGAGAAACGGAUGGCACAGGCUGGUCCAUGA